UACUACAUAUAUAUAGCUAAAAACGCCGCCUUCGCUGUCACAAAACCAAGUGCAAUAUUAAUUAAGUGAAAGAAAGAGAGAGAGAGAGAGAGAGUGAUAGUUAUUCACGCACACAAAACAUAAAGACAAAUGAUGUUAUAACAAAAACAACAACAACACAACGACAACUGCAAAUACAAGAAGAAGAGCGACUUUUGGGAUUUCUACUGUACUCGCAAUGGAGCAGCAGCAACAAAAACAACAACUGCUACAACAAAAGCACAACAAACGAAAAAAACAUCAACAGCAACAACAACAACACACUUUACUUGCUUUUAUCAUUUUGACAAUUUGCUGGCCACAGGUCGCUAAUGGCGCCGAUUUGGUCAUCAGCGUGCCGAAUGCCAGCAGCAAUGACAAUGCCUUUUACCGUAUUGACUACAGUCCACCAUUUGGUUAUCCGGAACCGAACACAACCAUUCCCGCCAGCGAAAUUGGCCAGAACAUCAAGCUGUCCAAGGUGCGGCCGGGCAGCGAGUACAAUUUUUGGUUGUACUACACGAAUUCGACGCAUCGCGAGCUGCUCACCUGGACGGUGAACAUAACCACAGCGCCCGAUCCGCCCGAGAAUCUAAGCGUGCAGCUGCGUUCGAGCAAAAGUGCCUUCAUCACAUGGAAGCCACCGGGCUUGGGACAAUAUUCGGGCUUCAAGAUCCGAGUCUUGGGACUGACGGAACCGGCGCACAGUGAAUACAAUCGAAGUUUUCUGGUGUCGGGCAACGAGACGCUGCAGUUGUCCGCCAAAGAACUGACGCCAGGUGGCACGUAUCAAGUGCAGGCGUAUACGCUAUAUCAGGGCAACGAAUCGGUCGCCUACACCAGUCGCAACUUCACCACAAAGCCCAAUACGCCCGGCAAGUUCAUCGUGUGGUUCCGCAACGAGACGACGCUCCUCGUCCUGUGGCAGCCACCGUAUCCCGCCGGUCUCUACACCCAUUACAAGGUCUCCAUACGGCCCAACGAUGCCAUCGAGAGUGUCCAGAACGUGCAGCGCGAGGGCGAACCUCCCGGACCCGCUCAGGCGGCAUUCAAGGGUCUCGUCCCCGGACGUCCGUACAACAUCUCGGUGCAAACGGUGUCCGAGAACGAGACUUCGGUGCCGACGACAGCGCGUUAUCUCACCGUGCCGGAGCGACCGUUGAAUGUCACCUUCGAUCCGGCGUAUACGACAACGAGCGGCUUCCGGGUGCGUUGGGAGGCGCCCCGGACGUACAGUGAGUACGACAGCUUUCAGGUGUCGCUGGUGAUGCCGCAUCGCAGCUACACCGUGCCACGCACCGAGGCGAACACGCUGCAUUUCGAUUACCCCGAACCUCUGGAGCCCGGCAAGAAGUACGAUGUCGUUGUGAAGACCAUCUCGGAGAAUGUGAACUCGUGGCCAGUGAACGGACAGAUCACGUUGCGCCCGCUGCCUGUGCAGAGCUUGAGGGGCUAUCUCGAUGAUCACACGAAUGCCGUUCAUUUGUCAUGGGACCCAGCUGAGGUGGGCAUACAGGAUAGCUAUCGAAUCAGCUACUACGAGAAGAGCAACGAAACGGAGGCGGAUGCAACCACACCGCAGGUGGUCGAAACGAAGAGCACCGAGUUCAAGCUGGAACCGGUGGAACCACUGUUGCCUGGACGUCGCUACCAGAUCGAGGUGCAAGCGCUCUCCAAUGGCAUCAGCUCGAAUGCAAGCAUUUUGCAUCGCAACACUCGCCCCUCGGCGCCCAUCAUCCAGGAACUGCGGAGCAUCUCGCAAGGCUUGAACAUCAGUUGGCGCAGCGAUGUGAACUCCAGGCAGGAUCGAUACGAGGUGCACUAUCAACGUAACGGCACCAACGAGGAGCGCACCAUCAGCACCAAUCACACCAGUCUGAUCAUCAAGUAUUUGCAUCCCGGAUCCGGCUACGAGGUCAAGGUCUAUGCCAUCAGUCACGAUGUGCGCAGCGAGCCGCACUCUUACUUCCAGGCAGUCUUUCCAAAACCGCCGCGCAACCUCACCCAGCAGACAGUGAACACGAACCUGGUGCUGCUCCAUUGGCAGCCACCAGAGGGCAGCGAUUACAGCGAGUACGCGGUACGCUAUCGCACAGCAGCCUCGCCCUGGCAGCGCCUGGUCAACGUACAUGAGCCGCAGGCACGUAUCGAGGAUAUGCAUUAUGGAGAACGCUAUCUCGUCCAGGUGAACACCGUGAGCUUUGGGGUCGAGAGUCCAUCGCCACUGGAGCUCAACAUCACAAUGCCACCGCAGCCAGUGUCGAAUGUUGUUCCUCUAGUGGACUCUCGCAAUCUGACUCUCGAAUGGCCGCGACCCGAUGGCCAUGUCGACUAUUACACCAUCAAAUGGUGGGCCACCGAUGCACCGCAGCAGCUCGAAUACAAGAACGUCUCGCAGCAGCCCGAAGAACUGAGUGCAAGCAGUGUGCGCAUACCGAUCGAGGAGCUGUCACCAGGUCGUCAAUACAAAUUCGAAGUGCAGGCCAGCUCCAAUGGCAUACGCUCGGGUAUUACGCAUCUGUCGACGCGCACCAUGCCGCUGAUACAAUCGGAUGUGUUCAUCUCGAAUGCCCAAGACGAGAUGGAGGACAACGAAUCGCCCGUGACGACGUCGCAAACAAGCCAAGGCCAAGGAGAGCAGAGCAACAGCAUUACGCUGAACUACACGCCGACGCCAGCGUCGAGCACACGCUUCGAUAUCUAUCGCUUUUCGCUCGGCGAUCCGCUGAUCAAGGACAAGGAGAAGCUGGCCAACGACACCGAGCGCAAGCUGAGCUUUACUGGCUUAACGCCCGGACGUCUGUACAACAUCACCGUGUGGACGGUGAGCGGCGGCGUGGCGAGUUUACCCAUCCAACGAUUGUAUCGACUGCAUCCGCUGGCGAUCGGUGCUCUACAGGCGACCAAGCUUGAAGCUCGCGAAAUCACGUUGAAGUGGACGCCACCCGCGGGUGAAUACACGGACUUUGAGCUUCAAUACCUGAGUGCGGACGAGGAAGCACCGCAACUGCUGCAGAACGUCACGACACAGACGCAAUUGACGCUGCAACGUCUGCAGCCGUAUCACAACUACACGUUCACCGUCUCGGUGCGCGCCGGCAGCGAUGCGGCAAUGAUGCGGACCAGCGCUCCCAUCUCGGCCAGCUAUCAGACGCUGGCCGCACCACCGGGACGUGUGGAUUACUUCCAGCCAACGGACGUGCAGCCCGGCGAAAUCACAUUCGAGUGGCUGCUGUCGCCGCAGGAGCAACAUGGGGCCAUCGAACACUUUCGCAUCACCUCCGAGAAUGUCGACGAUGCCCUCGACACACUGAGCUACGAGUUGCCCCCGAAUGCGACAUUGGCACGCAUCGAACACCUCGUGCCGGGCAAUACUUACGUCUUUCGCAUACAAGCCAAAUCGGCGCUGCAGUUGGGCUACGGCGCUGAACGGGAGCAUCGCCAGCAGAUGCCGAUCCUCGCUCCUCCGAUGCCAGCGGCUCACAUUAUGCCCAUCGAGGUGAGUCGCAGCAGUUCAACGAUUCAGAUCCGCUUCAGGCAGAAUUACUUCUCGAAUGCGCACGGUUUGGUGCGUUGGUAUACGAUCAUUGUGGCCGAGGAUGUGGGCAAGAACGCCUCCGGGUUGGAGAUGCCCAGCUGGCGGGAUGUGCAAUCGUAUACGGUGUGGCUGCCUUAUCAGGCCAUUGAACCCUACAAUCCAUUUGCCAAUCGCAACGGUAGUACCGGUAGUUUGGGUGUCGAGGACUUUAUCAUUGGCAGCGACGGUUGCGAGAAGCGAACCAUUGGCUACUGCAACGGACCGCUGAAGUCGGCGACGACGUAUCGCAUCAAGGUGCGCGCCUUCACCGAGGAGAACAAGUUCACGGACACCGCGUACAGUGAACCGAUCACAACGGAUCGUGACGAUGUCCUCUGGCUCGCUGGACUGCUGGCGAUGGCGUUGUUCGUCGUCUGCCUGGUGGUUGUCAUCGGUUACUAUCGCUAUCGGUGCAACAGCAUGCGCCGGGCCACCAACAAAUCGACCCGGAUGCAGGAUGAAUUGACCGCACUCCCCGAGGGUUACAUUGAACCCAAUCGUCCCAUUCAUGUUAAGGACUUUGCGGAGCAUUAUCGGCUAAUGUCCGCGGAUUCGGAUUUUCGCUUCAGCGAGGAGUUUGAGGAUCUCAAGAAUGUGGGACGCGAUCAGGCGUGCAGCUUUGCUGAUCUUCCCUGCAAUCGGCCAAAGAAUCGUUUCACCAACAUUCUGCCCUACGAUCAUUCGCGUUUCAAGCUGCAGCCGGUCGACGAUGACGAUGGCUCCGAUUACAUCAAUGCCAACUAUAUGCCCGGGCAUAAUUCACCGCGUGAAUUCAUUGUCACCCAGGGACCGUUGCACUCGACCCGCGAGGAGUUCUGGCGCAUGUGCUGGGAGAGCAACUCGAGGGCCAUUGUGAUGCUGACGCGUUGCUUUGAGAAGGGACGCGAGAAGUGCGAUCAGUAUUGGCCCAUCGAUCCGGUGCCCAUCUUCUAUGGCGACAUCAAGGUGCAGCUGAUGACGAAUACGCACUUCCUCGACUGGUCCAUAGCCGAGUUUAUGGUGUCAAGGAACUGCGAAUCGCGGAUCAUGCGUCACUUUCACUUCACCACCUGGCCGGACUUUGGAGUCCCAGAGCCUCCGCAGUCGCUGGUGAGAUUUGUGCGGGCAUUCAGGGAUCGCAUUGGCACCGACAUGCGACCCAUUAUCGUCCACUGCAGCGCUGGAGUCGGCAGAUCGGGCACGUUUAUAGCCCUCGAUCGAAUACUGCAGCAUAUUAACAAGUCCGACUAUGUGGACAUAUUUGGCAUUGUGUUUGCCAUGCGCAAAGAACGUGUUUUUAUGGUGCAAACGGAGCAGCAAUAUGUGUGCAUACAUCAAUGCCUGUUGGCGGUGCUCGAGGGCAAGGAGUAUCUGUUAGCCGAGUCGCACGAGCUGCACGAGAACGAUGGCUAUGAGGUGACUAAAAUUUACUUAGAACGCUGCAAGGCGACGCCGCCCACAUUGCAAGCCACGCCCAUGCGCGCCUCAAUCGCGCUGGCCGAGGAGCUGGACAGGGAACUGGAGCUGCAAUUGGAAUUGGAGCAGGACAUCGAUGAAGACGUAGACGAAGACGACGAUGAGGAUGAGGAUGAUGUUGAUGAUGAUCAGCAGCCGUUGAAUAAUGAGACAACGGCAACGCUGUCAACGGGCAGCAGCAGCAACAGCAACAGUCAGGAGCAGCUGCCACAGCAGCAACCAGAGCAACAUCAACAGCAACCAGAGCAGCAGCAGCAACAGCAGCAAGCAGAUAACAUUUGCACUAGCACUCAAACAGACACUGACACUGAGGAUGAGGAUGGUGAUGGUAUUGAUAAGAGUCCGCUUUUAGAUGACGAAGGCAUUGCUGAAACAGGCAUCUGAGCGAGCGAGAUGGCAACACACAAAGCAACAGAGUGAGAUCGCAAAUCGAGAAUCGAGAAAAUGAGAUCGAAAGAGAGAGACAGCUAGAGCUGGAGGAAGUUGUGCUGUUUGCUGCUGAUAUUUAUAUAUAUAUACAUAUAAUUGUUAAGCUUGUAGUAUAUGCACACAUAUACAUAUACAUAACAUAUAUCGACUAUAUAUUUAUAUAUGUAUAUAAUUUUUGUAUGUAAAAAAUCUGCCUGUGAUGUGCUGGAUGUGAUUUGUCUAUUAUUGCAUUGGCAAUGCACGCUGCAAGAAAAAGAAAUAGAAAAAAGAAAUUAGAAAAGAAAAACACACACAAAAAAACAGCCACAAGAGUCGCGUCGAGAAUCCCCUGACCCCUGACCCCUGAUCCCAACCCCCUUUAGUAUAUUGCCAUAGCUAGCAUCCCCUCCUCUAAGUCCCACCUCACCUCACAAUUCCCGAAAAAGUCGCGCGUGCAAUCGCCAAAUUAGACCAAACAAACAGAGCGUAAUCUUAAGUUUCAGGUAAUAUUUAGCAUUAUACUACACUAAUUACUAUAUUUUACAAUAUAAAACACACACACACACACAUGCGAAUAUACAUUAUACGAAAUAUGUAUUAUCCUAUGCCUAAAAUUAAUCAGUUCUUUUUUUUUUGCUCCUAGAUGUUAACUUAAUAUAAAUGUACUUAUUUUUUUCGUUUUUUUUUUUUUUAUUUGUUUGUCUCUUUUAUUGUAAAUGUCGUGUGCAAAUAAUGUUUAUAUACAAGUCUUUUUGUAUUUAUAUAUACUAUAUAAUAAUGAUAUUGUAUUGUUUUAGAUUUCCAUUUGUAAAUUUAAAUCUUUUUUGUAUAAUUUUAAUUGCAUUUGUUGCUGUUGUUGUCGUUGUUGUUUAAGGCUUAUUGUCUUUGAGCUACUGUUGAAUAAUCUUUCAUUUUGCCAUAUGAUCAAUCAAAUCAUUAAUCGAAAUCUCAUUUAUAGAGUGAGUGCAAUAUUCUGUGCAAAAACGACAACAUCAGCAAUAAUAACUCAAGAUAUCCACUUCAAUUUUAUAUAGCAUUUAUGAAAACAAAUGAAAAAUACACACACACAACAAUAACAACAGAGUGCAACAACAAAAACGAAAAAGAAGACAGUAAAUAUUAUAAAUGAAAAAUU